GUGAAUUUAGAAACUGCCGUUGUGGGAGAUCAAGGAGACGUUGUUCCUGAUCCCAAAGAAAAUGUGGCAAGUCAAAUUCAGUCAAAAUAGUCAUUGUAAAAUACCUUUAAUACCUAACGCUGAGUUAUCUGACGAGAUGAAUGUGUUUUGUUUUGAAUAAAAAGUUGCUAACUAGCAGUCCCGAGUUUCUUGAAAUGAAAGGCGCAGGUAACGAUCUAUUCAAACAAGAACGAUACACGGAGGCAAUUGCGAAGUAUAAGGCAGCCCAGGCCUACUCCGUCGAGAAUAAGGAUGACCUGGCAGCUCUAUUGCAUAACAUUGGACUUUCGCACGAGAAAAUGGUAACUAAUAUGUAAAAUAUAAUUCUGUAUAUAUGAACAUUAAACCAAUAGAACACUGGCUGGCUUAGAACGACUUGGAGGAGGCAGUGAAGGCAUAUUCGGAAGCGAUAACUUUAAAGGAUAAGUACAUCAAAGUUUUGAAGAGACGAAGCAACUUGCUGUGCAAACUUGGGCGCUACCAAGAAGCGCUCGACGAUUUGGUGGAUGUCGUCGUCGAUGAGAUUAAGGACCAACAAAAAAAAGUUGCCGUGACUGGUGUGAACGGAUUUAUGCCGGGUGGUUUCCAAAUGGAAACUUCGCAAAGAUUGGUUGACAUACUGUUGGGUCAAACCGAAGUUGAAACACAAAAAGUGUUGGCUAAUCAUGCCAGUUGCUCACCUCCGGUGACCAUAGUUGAAGCCUUUCUCAGAAUGUUUAAUGGUGAUCAAGUGUCGCGAAUUUGGAAAGGAUUGGAACCAUCUGCUGUGGACGAACAGAUUGCUCAAGGGAAAACCGACGAUCUCAAGGGAUACAUGGCUGCUUUGCGAGAUUUGAAAUUGAAGAAAUAUGAUGCAAUCGUCAAGCAUUGUACCGAAGAAAUCGAGAAUCCAGACGCGUCAGAAGAAAAUGUUCUGAAUGCUCGAUUCCUUCGUGGGACAAUGACUUUCAUUUGGACGCUUUCAUCGCAAACCGUUGAAGAUUUUAUAAAGGUCACGGAGUCGCCUCUUGCCAGCAAUAAGAUGAAAAGCUCCGCAUAUUUAAAACUUGCAAUGAGACACACCAACACUCGACACCCUUUCUCGAAAUCCGACACCAUACAAACCAUUUCGGAAGAUUAUAGCAAGGCGGAAGAACUUUGGGUGGAGAAUCCCGACAUCUAUUACCACGGGUCGCUUUUGCUUGUGGAUCGUGCAGUACCAUUACAAGGGCUGGACAUGCUGGAAAUGGGAAUUCGCUUUUGUGCUCCGGAGACAUCAAUUAUGAUGAAGACGUUCUUUUGGACGCUGCAACUCACAAUUACCAACGAAGACUCUGUCAGAAAUAAUGCAUACUUGGAACUGAAGAAACUAGAGCACGAAUUUGAUUCAGCAGAAUGUCACGAAAUGUUUGGGCAGGCACUAAUGGCUGCAGGCGGAGAUGAACGUCAAGCAGAGUACAAUGAACAAUUUGAUAAAGCCAUUGCAUGCAAUCCUCAGGACCCUGUGUUCAAAAUUAAGAAACUGAUUUUUCGUCAUUGGUUGGGUGAAAACGGAAACCUAGUGAAGGAGGAUCACGCACUUGCAGAGAUGGACAGCUUCAUCGAGACUGAAGGUCCCAACAACUUGGCGUACUAUCACAUUGGCCAAAUGGAAAUUUUAAGAGGAAAUGCAGAGAAGGGAUUGGAAGCAUUAGAAAAGUCAAUUGAACUAACGGGAUCGAUUCAUGAGAUUGAAGCACGUGUUGCUGCAAAAUUGGAGAUGAUUUUCUACUUGCGUGUAAAUUCCCGACUUAAGGAAGAAGGCCUUGAGGAUUUGGCUGAUCAAUUGCAAAAUUUAACAUUGAAACAGCCCUUUCCAUAG